GGAUUUGAUUGGAAAACCAACGGUGCCGCUGGCCGCCGCGUACUCGAGUUUGAGGGGACCGCGAGUAGGCUAGGGGGAGGACGGGACGGGCUAAGACUGGACGGGACCCCUGGUCUGCAGCAGCAGGUGACAGCAGCAGGGACAAUGAGAAGGAGAUUGGCCUGAAGGAGGGACCGUCCCUCCGGCGCGGAAUGUGAUGUUAAUUCUGGAGCGUUGAUGUUUUACAAUGCCUGAUCAAGACAAAAAGGUGAAGACCACAGAAAAAUCAACUGAUAAAAAGCAGCAAGAAAUCACCACCAGGGACUAUUCAGAUCUCAAAAGACUUCGGUGCCUUUUAAACGUCCAGUCAAGCAAACAACAGCUUCCAGCCAUUAACUUCAACAGUGCCCAAAAUAGCAUGAUGAAGUCUGAGCCUGCCAUCAGGGCGGGUGGACACAGAGCUCGAGGUCAGUGGCAUGAGUCCACAGAAGCUGUUGAACUUGAAAAUUUUAGUAUAAACUACAAGAAUGAGAGAAAUUUCAGCAAACAUCCUCAGCAUAAACUAUUUCAGGAGAUCUUUACCGCCUUGGUGAAAAAUAGACUCAUAUGCAGAGAGUGGGUUAAUCGAGCCCCAUCUAUGCAUUUUCUGAGAGUGUUAAUCUGUCUGAGGCUACUAAUGAGGGAUCCAUGUUAUCAGGAAAUACUCCAUAGCUUGGGUGGGAUUGAAAACCUAGCUCAGUACAUGGAGAUUGUAGCCAAUGAGUACCUCAGCUAUGGAGAAGAGCAGCACACUGUGGACAAGCUGGUCAACAUGACAUAUAUCUUUCAAAAACUUGCUGCAACCAAAGAUCAAAGAGAAUGGGUCACCACAAGUGGAGCCCACAAGACAUUAGUAAAUUUACUUGGUGCCCGAGAUACUAAUGUUCUCUUGGGUUCCCUUCUGGCUCUGGCUAGUUUAGCAGAAAGUCCAGAAUGUAGGGAGAAGAUAAGUGAACUCAACAUUGUAGAGAAUCUGUUGAUGAUUUUACAAGAAUACGACUUGCUUUCUAAAAGACUAACAGCGGAGCUGCUGCGCCUACUUUGUGCAGAGCCCCAGGUGAAAGAGCAGAUGAAGCUCUACGAGGGGAUACCUGUCCUCCUUAGUCUGCUCCACUCUGACCACCUGAAGCUGCUCUGGAGCGUUGUCUGGAUUCUGGUACAGGUUUGUGAGGACCCUGAGACCAGCGUGGAAAUUCGCAUUUGGGGAGGCAUCAAACAGCUUCUUCAUAUUUUACGAGGAGACAGAAAUUUUGUUUCUGAUCGCUCCUCCAUCGGAAGCCUGUCCAGUGCAAAUGCUGCAGGCCGAAUUCAGCAGCUUCAUUUAUCAGAAGACUUGAGCCCUAGGGAAAUACAAGAAAAUACUUUCUCUCUUCAAGCAGCCUGCUGUGCUGCCCUCACUGAGCUGGUGCUCAAUGACACCAAUGCCCACCAGGUGGUUCAGGAAAAUGGUGUAUAUACAGUAGCAAAAUUAAUUUUACCAAAUAAGCAAAAGAAUGCAGAAAAAACUAAUCUCUUACAGUGUUACGCUUUCAGAGCCUUGAGAUUUCUCUUCAGUAUGGAAAGAAACAGACCACUCUUUAAAAGACUUUUCCCCACAGACUUGUUUGAGAUCUUCAUUGACAUAGGACAUUAUGUACGUGAUAUCAGUGCUUAUGAAGAAUUGGUAUCCAAGUUGAAUUUAUUAGUGGAGGAUGAACUGAAGCAAAUUGCUGAAAAUAUUGAAAGCAUUAAUCAGAACAAAGCUCCUUCGAAAUAUAUAGGCAACUAUGCGAUUUUGGAUCAUCUUGGAAGUGGAGCUUUUGGCUGUGUUUACAAGGUUAGAAAGCGUAGUGGUCAAAAUCUUUUAGCAAUGAAAGAGGUCAAUUUACAUAACCCAGCAUUUGGAAAGGAUAAGAAAGAUCGAGACAGCAGCGUAAGGAAUAUUGUUUCUGAAUUAACAAUAAUUAAAGAGCAGCUUUAUCAUCCUAACGUUGUACGUUAUUACAAAACAUUUCUGGAAAAUGAUAGGUUGUACAUAGUUAUGGAGCUUAUAGAAGGAGCCCCGCUUGGAGAGCAUUUCAGUUCUUUGAAGGAAAAACAUCACCAUUUUACUGAAGAAAGACUAUGGAAAAUAUUUAUACAGCUGUGCUUAGCUCUUCGAUACUUACACAAGGAGAAGAGGAUUGUCCAUAGAGAUCUGACACCAAACAACAUUAUGUUGGGGGAUAAGGACAAAGUAACAGUUACUGAUUUUGGCCUGGCAAAGCAAAAACAAGAAAACAGUAAACUCACGUCUGUUGUUGGAACAAUCCUGUAUUCUUGCCCCGAGGUACUGAAGAGUGAGCCGUACGGGGAGAAGGCUGAUGUCUGGGCAGCAGGCUGCAUCCUUUAUCAGAUGGCGACUUUGAAUCCCCCCUUCUACAGCACUAACAUGCUGUCCUUGGCUAUAAAAAUAGUGGAGGCGGUAUAUGAACCAGUGCCAGAAGGUAUCUACUCUGAAAAAGUAACAGACACCAUCAGCAGGUGCCUCACUCCUGAUGCAGAAGCUCGUCCAGAUAUUGUACAAGUCAGUUCGAUGAUAUCAGAUGUCAUGAUGAAAUAUUUAGACAACUUAUCUUCAUCCCAGUUGUCCUUGGAGAAGAAGCUAGAACGGGAACGAAGACGCACACAAAGGUAUUUUAUGGAAGCCAACCGGAACGCCGUCACAUGUCACCAUGAGCUGGCUCUUCUAUCUCACGAGACCUUUGAGAAGGCAAGCUUGAGUAGCAGCAGCAGUGGGGCAGCCAGCCUGAAAAGUGAACUUUCAGAAAGUGCAGACCUGCCCCCUGAAGGCUUCCAGGCCUCCUAUGGUAAAGACGAAGACAGGGCCUGUGAUGAAAUCCUGUCAGAUGAUAACUUCAACCUGGAAAAUACUGAGAAAGAUAUAUAUUCAGAGUUAGAUGAUGAAUUAGACAUUUCGGAUAACUCCAGCAGCUCCAGUUCAAGCCCUCUGAAAGAAUCUACAUUCAACAUUUUAAAGAGAAGUUUUAGUGCUUCAGGCGGAGAAAGACAAUCCCAAACAAGGGACUUCACUGGAGGAACAGGAUCAAGACCAAGACCAGCUUUGCUGCCUCUUGACCUGCUUCUGAAAGUGCCACCCCUCAUGCUCAGGGCCCACAUUAAGGAACUAGAGGCCGAGUUAGUGACAGGGUGGCAGUCCCAUAGCCUUCCUGCUGUGAUUCUUCGAAAUCUCAAAGAUCAUGGGCCACAGAUGGACACAUUCUUGUGGCAAGCAUCAGCAGGAAUUGCUGUGUCCCAGAGGAAAGUACGUCAGAUCAGCGAUCCUAUUCAGCAGAUACUAAUUCAGCUGCACAAAAUAAUCUAUAUUACACAGCUUCCUCCAGCUUUGCACCACAAUUUGAAAAGAAGGGUUAUAGAGAGAUUCAAGAAAUCCCUCUUCGGCCAGCAUAGUAACCCUUGUAAUUUGAAAUCUGAAAUUAAAAAGUUAUCUCAGGGAUCUCCAGAACCAAUUGAGCCCAACUUUUUCACAGCAGAUUACCAUUUAUUACAUCAUUCAUCCAGUGGAAACAGCCUCUCCCCAAAUGACCCGACAGGCUUACCAACCAGCUUUGAAUUGGAGGAAGGAAUAACAUAUGAACAGAUGCAGACUGUGAUUGAAGAAGUCCUUGAGGAAAGUGGCUAUUACAAUUUUACAUCUAACAGAAGACUCCAGGGGUCAGAUAAAUCUUCAGGAAAAGAAAUGCAGGGAGAAUUAUGAUGAAAAUCUACUAGAUUCUCAUUGGGCUUAAACUCCUUCUCUUCAGUCAGCUUCUUAAAACUCCGGUGUGAUGACAAGAAAUGCCCUCAUUGCCAAAUCUGUCUACACUUCUAGCUACCUAAAGAGCAAUUUAUUCUAUAUAAUUAGUAAUCUGAAAGUUGAAAUUAUACUUUUUAUUUACUUUUCAUGGAGUUCUGUCAUCUUUGUUUACAUUGAUUUUUUUUUAGUAUGAUUGAAUCGAUUUUAGUUCAAUAUAUUUACAGUACUUGAAAGACUAUAACCUUUCUGUAUAGUAUGAAAAUCUACACUCUUUUUUAAAUGAGCAUAUUUAAUACUUAAAUUAUAUCCAUAUUCCCUUUAAUCAUACACUAAUGCUUUUGAAGAUUGUCAAUGGAUCUUUCUUUAAGCCAAAAUAAUAAUUACAGAUACACUGUAAUGUAAGAUAAUAGAUGCAAAUACAGUAAUGAAAGUUUCAGUUUCAGCUUUCAAACCAAUUAUCCAUAUGUAAAAUUCAUAAACAAAAUCAAAAAUGCUAUGAUAUUGAUUUACCCAGGCAAAAUUUUAUUUCUGUUCCAAGUUAAUUUGAACCUGCACUAAAAUUCUUUAUAUCUUUCAAUGUAUGGAAGGGGCACAUUUCUUCUUCAUGCAGGAAGCACAGGCCUAGAGAGGCACAAAUUCUAAUUGUGGGGUGAGAGUUUGAAAUCAAGUUCUUUCCCAAAUGGUAAUAUAUCGUAAACAGAAUUUAGGAAAGAAUAGUAUUCAAAAGGCAUACCAUGGUAAGAGAAGAGAAAUGGUUUACUUGAAGGUGCUUUAAAGUGCAUAUAGUUGGCUUAUUUUCCAUGUAACUCUUUUUUUUUUAAUUUUUAUUUUUAGACAGAGUCUC